AAUAGGUUUUCUUUUCUUUUUCGCCAUGCGGUAGGAGACUCGAUCGGUUAUCCUAAGUUUUCCUGAAUUUGGACAGAGUGUUGUGAAUCCUCGACGCGGGACGCACCUGAUCACUAUUUUGAAGGACCAAAACACCAUUCAUGCAAUCUUCGCGUCCGGUUGGAGUCAUCUCGUGCACGUUGAAGCUUCUCGUCAUAGCUUAGCUUGCUAACAAAUAGACGCGUUUGUGAUCAACACUUCUCUCAGCAGAGAUCAAGCCUGAAGUAAAGUCUUCUUCUUUCCGCCACCGAUUGCACAGAAAGUGUUGUGAAAAUGUGUGCAAGAAGGAUUGGAGAGCACGAGGCAGAAUUUCGUGGACUAAAAAAGGAGGAGGAGCCACAACGUCAACUCCUGGACGUUGUCUUCAGUCUGCAGCCUCAAAUUGUCCUACGCAGAGCAGAUGUUAGUGAAAAUCUUCAUCCAGAGCGGCAGCAGUCAGUGUCCCUUCACAUCAAAGAGGAAAAGGAGGGUGGGGAGGCUCAAAGCAUCAAAGAGGAGGAAAAAGAGUUCCUUCACAUCAAAGAGGAGGAGCAAGAGGAAAUCAUCCAGCUUCCAUCCACUGGUGUUUAUUUAAAGAGUGAAGAUGGUGAAAGUAAGGAAAGACGCGGGGCGGAGCCAUCAAGCAGGAACACCUCAAGUGAUGGAGAGUGCCACAGGCGAGGAUUACAAACAGACUGUCAUGAUGAUGAUGAUGAUGAUGAUGAUGAUGAUGAUGAUGAACAGUUGGAUGGUGUGAAAAGACACACAGAAAAAAUGCCUUUUACAUGCUCAAUUUGUGGUCUAAGAUUCACUCGGAAGGAACAAAUAAAAAGACACACAAGAACGCACAGUGGAGAGAAGACUUUUGUCUGCUCAACUUGUGGUAAAAGAUUCUCUAAAAAAGGAACUUUAAAAAAACACUUAAGGACACACACUGGUGAGAAGCCUUUUUCGUGCUCAAUUUGUGGCCAAAGAUUCACUGAAUCUGGAAAUUUAAAAGUACACACAAGAACCCACACUGGUGAGAAACCUUUUCCCUGCGAAUUUUGUGGUCGAAGAUUCAAUCAGAAGGCACACUUAGAAAUACACACAAGAACACACACUGGUGAGAAACCUUUUUCCUGCAUAGUUUGUGGUGAAAUUUUCUCCAUGAAGAGAAGCUUAAAAAUACACACAAGAAUGCACACCGGAGAGAACACGUUUGGCUGCUUAGUUUGCGGUCAAAGAUUCUCUCACAGGAGUGCCCUGAAAAGACAUAGAAGAACACACAUUGGAGAGAAGCCUUUUGCCUGCUCAACUUGUGGUAAAAGAUUUAUUCGGAAGGGACAUUUAGAACUACACACAAGAACACACACUGGUGAGAAGCCUUUUUCCUGUGCAGUAUGUGGUCAAAGAUUUACUCAGAAGAAACACUUAGAAAUACACACAAGAAUCCACACUGGUGAGAAACCUUUUUCCUGCACAGUUUGUGGUCAAAGAUUCACUCAGAAGGCACACUUAAAAAUACACACAAGAAUGCACACUGGUGAGAAACCUUUUUCCUGCUCAAUUUGUGGUAAAAGAUUCUCUGACAGGAGUACCUUAAGAAGACAUACAAGAACACACACUGGUGAGAAACCUUUUUCUUGCUUAGUUUGUGCCCAAAGAUUCUCUUGUAAGUAUCAGGCUCAAGCACACAACUGUGCUGAUCGGAAAAGCCAAGAUCAGGAAGCUUUUAAUGUAAAUGUGUAAAAUGAAAGUAAUUACUAUGAUUGACUGACAACAUUCUUCUAUUCUGUGUACCAACUUUUAUAAUUCUAUC